ACAUGCGCACCGCAGACUGCGCAAGUGCCUGUUACAGGACGCUAGCUUGUUUAGUCGGGUGUUGGUCUUGGACUUCCCCACAAACUUCACAAAUGGAGAAAACCUUUAGUGAGUGGAAGAAACGGUGUCUGAACAAAGUUGACCUUAGUAAAAAGGGUAAUGUGGAUGAAGAAAUUGUGCACUUAGUGCAUUUGCUCAAUAGCUACGAGGAGUAUUUCACAACAAGUUCCUGCUCCGGACGAAUUACAGUAAUUGACACGGCUCCCGAAAGCUGUGUUGUCCAGAAGAAAAACCUUGUCUGGCUGUUUGUUUCACAUAAGAAAUGCACAUUUGAUGACGUGAUGUCUGCUCUGGUCAGCGCUUGUGGAAAUGCUGUGCUGAAGUUUGAGCCAUUUGUGCUCCAUGUUCAGUGUAGGACACUGGGGGAUGCACAGUUAAUGCUUUCAGCGGCUGUCCAGUCUGGCUUCAGAAACUCCGGUAUCACUAUUAGCAAGGCCGGGAAGAUCAUUAUGGCAGUCCGCUGUACCCAUAGCCUGGAGGUUCCGCUUAGUAACCAAGGCAAGCUCUUGGUUUCACACGAGUAUAUCGAUUUUUUAAUUGGGAUAGCCAAUCAAAAGAUGGAAGAUAAUUUCAGACGACUUCAAAGGUUUUACCAGAGCAUCAAGACAACUGUGAUUUCAAACAAACACCAGAAACUACUGGGCAAAGAGGAGCUGUGUGUGACAAAGAAUAAUAAAUCAAUUCUGUCUGAACAGAGGCAAAAAUUAAGAUGUAUAACUGAUGAUUGCCAUAGUGAUGGAGGCAGCAGUAUAUUUGAGAUGGAUGAAGAUCUGCAUUUAGCUCAAUGGCUUAAUGAUGUUCUUUAAGGCCUAUCUCAAGAUGUCUGGUCCCAUUGAAUUCAUAAAAAAAUAAAAUAAUUAAAAUUGUCUUAAUUUUAUUUACUGAGCCAAAGUGAUGGAAACAAUGGCUUCGUGAGGGAUUAACAAUGUUUCAAGAUCGUUACUCAGUGAAAUAAUUCACUGGAAAUGUCCUCUCCCCCACAAUUGUGGAAAACAUAUUAGGCUUGUUUCUAUAACGAUAGAGCGAAAUGAAUAUCACUGAAUCAUCAGGAGAAAUGACGUUAUUUUACAUUACUGGCUCUAUCAAUGAGAGGGCACUGAACUCCUGGACAAGAUUCAGCAAAACCACUGGAACAGAGAUGGGAAAAAGAUGGGAUGGGAAAAAAAACGGGAACCAGUGGCGGCUUGUCAAUAGAGGGCUCUAUGGCGCCGCUCUACCACGCAUUACAUUCCUUGAAGACAAAAACAUAAUACUGAUAGUCAAAUUCUACAGUAAAUCCUUGUUUAUCACAGUGGUCAUGCGCCAAAAAAAAACCCCGCAAUAGAUUAAAUCUGUCGUGGCGACCCAUUAUUUACGAUAUAAAUGUCCAUUUUCCGUACCUCUUAUCCUCACUAGGUUUGGGUGUGCGCUGGCGCCCAUCUCAGUUUACUCUGGGCGAGAGGCGGAGUACACCCUGAACUGGUCGCCAGCCAAUCGCAAGACACAAAUCGACAACCACUUUCACUCACACACAUCGACAAUUUAGAAGCUUCCAUCAGCCAAAAGGGUUUUUUUUGUCUGAUUGAAUGCUGUUGUUCAGAGGUACCCAAAAACUUUGAUUUCCCCUACCCUGUCGACCAUCCGUUUUCGAAGUUUGAAAACUUCCGCCAACCCCAUUGAUGAUCGAUUUCUCGAGGUUGGUGAACUGCGAUCCGCCCCAUCUGGCGCAUCCUUGGCUGCUCCGUGAGUUCCCACGGUCAUCCAUCCAUCGAGCAACGAGUUUCUCCAAGAAGUACCACACGAUUAUGUGAAAAGCAUAAAAUGCGUCAGUAUAGCCUGUCACAUACUGGUUCAGCACACAUAGGUGCAAAUGCUACAUAGCAAACAUGCUGGAAAUUGCUAUGUUCAAGACUGACUGACGUGUUUUUACUACCAUGGAAACUUUGCUUCACCCGAGGAUACGCAAUGCUAGUCCCUAAAAAGUCUCAUUCACGUAUGAUCAUCACCUUUGUUGACCCAAAGCACCUAUUUUACAUUUGGAAAACCUCACAGUUGUCCACCCCAAAAAAGUAUUAUUACUGAAAUAAUGAUCUGUCUCUCUUAGAGUCACAAAUGUACUUAGUGUGAAGUCUGGACUUCUUUAGUUGAACACACAGCUGAUGUAUAUGGAGGGAGCCAUAACUUGUUCUGUCGUAUGAAUUGCAAGUGGUGGCUACACAGGUUUAUCAUAGACUUUACACCGAUUUUAUCGGUAUUAGCUGAUAAUUAGCAUUUUAUGCUGAUGAGCUUUGUCAUAAUUGGCCGAGCCGAUCAAUGACCUCAUUCGCAAAAGAUAUUUACUCCACGUCGCCAUCAUGCACAGUAAAUUUGAAUCCAAAAGCUAGUUUGUUUUUUAGCCUUGUCGCAGUCCUGUAAAUAUCUGAGCCAAUAAAGUUUUUUUUUUUUUUUUUUUUUUUAAUGUCGGCGGUUUGGAACAGACGACAGGUAAUGCCCGGAUCAGACUACAAGACAAAUUUUCUCUUUCAUGAUUGCACUGUCAGACUACUGCAAUAAAAUCUUGUAUUCCGAUACCACCACA